AGCCUAUUUUCAUACCACCAACUUUCUUCUCCAUUAAUACACACUCGAACAGCGAAAAGGGUUCUUCUUUUCGUCUCUUCUUCUUUCUUUUUUUUUUUGUUGUUUUUUAAAGGAGUUUCAAUAUCAUAAGGUUUAUCACCAUAGAUACACACCAUCCCAUCCUUAACCUUUUUCCUUCCCUCCAAAAGAUAAUCGAAGAGGAAAAUGGGUCUAAGAGACAUUGGAGCAACUUUGCCUCCAGGUUUCAGAUUUUACCCUAGCGACGAAGAAUUGGUAUGCCACUAUCUCUACAAAAAAAUUGCAAAUGGAGAGGUUUCCAGAGAUACCCUAGUGGAAAUUGACCUCCAUACUUGUGAGCCAUGGCAGCUUCCUGAUGUGGCAAAGCUGAACUCAAACGAGUGGUACUUCUUCAGCUUUCGGGAUCGCAAGUAUGCAACCGGCUUCCGAACUAACAGGGCGACAACCACGGGCUACUGGAAGGCAACCGGUAAAGAUCGUACGGUGCUGGAUCCCACGAGAAGAAGCAUAGUAGGGAUGAGAAAGACGCUGGUUUUCUACAGAAAUAGAGCUCCAAACGGGAUCAAAACGGGUUGGAUCAUGCAUGAAUUUCGCCUGGAGAACCCUCACGUACCACCUAAGGAAGAUUGGGUGCUGUGCAGAGUAUUUCACAAAGCCAAAGUCGAAAGCGUCGAUAAUGACGUGUAUGAUGCGACGGCUGGUGGUGGUGGCUGUGGCGGAGGGGGUGAUAUUUCUCCCACUUUCGCUGCAUCUCCUCCCAAUAUUGAUCAUUGUACGACGGGAGGCUAUAACCAGAAUUCUUCGUUCUCCCAAAGUCCACCCCAUCAAAGCCAGAACUCCAGCAGCACUGCUGCUCUUCCAAACAUGAUGUCCGCUGUGUUGGGUCGCAAUUAUCUCCAGUCGUCAUCUCAGGAAUUAUGUGUAACUCCGUCGCGGAAUGAUCAGAUGGUGCAUUCCAAGUCGGAGCUGGAUGAGUAUGGAUUUCUCUUUAACAUGAACUUUGGAGAAGCAAAUUUGAGAGAUGGCGGAGUCCCUUCAGGUCUUGAGGAAAUGCACUUUGACGACGACAGCAGCCUGGUUUUCAUUUAAGAGUGCACGAUUAUCUUAGGAGGCGGAUAAACAAAA